UCUGACAGAGAGAGAUUCAGCGCAGAGUUUCCGACAUGAGCGACAGUGCAGCCGCCGAAACGGCCCCUCCAGCCUCCGCCAGCACCAAACCCAAGCCUCCCAAGAAGAAGAAAGCGGCGGCUCCCAGGAAGAAACCAGCCGGUCCCGGGUUGGGCGAGCGGAUUGUGAAGAUUGUCGAGGAGAACCCCGAUCGGAAGGGGAUGUCUCAGGUCGCUAUAAAGAAGGCGCUGCAGAGAAGCGGGGUCAUUGUGCAGAAGCAAAAUGCACAGAUCAGGAUGGCUAUCAAGAGGUGUCUGGCGAAAGGCUCCCUGGUUCUGGUGAAGGGCCAGGGCAUCUCCGGCUCCUUCAAACUCCCAAAGAAUCCAAUCAAGACAAAAGUGGGAAAGAAGGCGAGACCCGCAGCAGCCGCCAAGAAAGCAGCCGUGAAGAAAACAACGGCCAAGAAGGUGGCAGCCAAGAAAUCCCCAGCCAAGAAAGCAACUGGCAAGAAACCGGCCGGCAAGAAGGCAGCAACGCCGAAGAAAGCGGCGAAGAAAAGCGCUCCGGCCACGGGCGGAGUGAAGAAGCCUCAUCGCGACAGGCCCGGCACGGUGGCUCUGCGGGAGAUCCGCCGCUACCAGAAAUCCACCGAGCUGCUGAUCCGCAAACUGCCGUUCCAGCGCCUGGUGCGGGAGAUCGCUCAGGACUUCAAGACCGACCUGCGCUUCCAGAGCUCGGCCGUGAUGGCCCUGCAGGAGGCCAGCGAGGCUUACCUGGUGGGGCUGUUUGAGGACACCAACCUGUGUGCCAUCCACGCCAAGCGGGUCACCAUCAUGCCCAAAGACAUCCAGCUGGCCCGGCGGGGAGCGUGCCCGGCCCUGCACAUUCACCCCGAGAGACACAACGGCUCUUUUCAGAGCCACUCAACCGUCCAGAGGGAGCAACAAUCUGUCGGCGCUGUUGUUGACUUUGUUACGCGCCCGUGUUUUUUCUACAUUUUACAGUGGCGUCGGCUUUUAUAUUAAAAAAAAUUCAAAUUGGCCGAG